AUGUCUGGGAGAGGAAAGGGCAGUGGCGGCAAAGCUCGGUCGAAGGCGAAGUCCCGGUCGUCCCGGGCUGGGCUGCAGUUCCCGGUGGGCCGUGUUCACAGGCUCCUGAGAAAGGGUAACUAUGCUGAGCGUGUGGGUGCCGGAGCGCCGGUCUAUCUGGCUGCGGUGCUCGAGUACCUGACGGCUGAAAUCCUCGAGCUGGCCGGUAACGCGGCCCGCGACAACAAGAAGACCCGCAUCAUCCCCAGGCACCUCCAGCUGGCCGUGCGCAACGACGAGGAGCUCAACAAGCUGCUUGGAGGGGUGACCAUUGCACAGGGCGGGGUGCUGCCUAAUAUCCAGGCCGUGCUGCUGCCAAAGAAAACCGCCCAGGCUUCAAAGGGCCGAAUAAAACUGAAGACUGUGGCGAUGUCUGGGAGAGGAAAGGGCGGUGGCGGGAAAGCUCGUUCGAAGGCGAAGUCCCGGUCGUCCCGGGCCGGGCUGCAGUUCCCGGUGGGCCGUGUUCACAGGCUCCUGAGAAAGGGUAACUAUGCUGAGCGUGUGGGUGCCGGAGCGCCGGUCUAUCUGGCUGCGGUGCUCGAGUACCUGACGGCUGAAAUCCUUGAGCUGGCCGGUAACGCGGCCCGGGACAACAAGAAGACCCGCAUCAUCCCCAGGCACCUCCAACUGGCCGUGCGCAACGACGAGGAGCUCAACAAGCUGCUUGGAGGGGUGACCAUCGCUCAGGGCGGGGUGCUGCCUAAUAUUCAGGCCGUGCUGCUGCCCAAGAAAACCGCCGCUGGGAGCGCCACUAAAAAGUGA